AUGGUCGAUUACAGAGAGUUCGACUUCCCAGCCGAACUGUGCUGUUCACCCAGUCCGCUGAUCGCCAUCGCCGGCCUGGAUACGGUCAAUAACGCCAUCCACAGGACUAUUUGGGAUGCUUUCCACAGCCCCGUUGGCCGUGACAGCCGAGCCGUAUUGAAUUUCUUUCACCUUACGUCCGAGUACAAGUUUCCCUCUUUGAGCGAAAAGCGUGUAAUGCCGUACAUCCCAAAAGGUAUACUAAAAAGGAAUUGGCUGGAAAAACAUAUUCGUUACGAUCCUGCUGUUGUUGUCAAUUUUUUACGACUAGUUCAAUCAAUUAGGUUGUCUCUAGAAGGAAGGAAAUCAAGGAUUGUUGUAGUUUUAAUACAAAAAUUAAUGCCAGCAGUCGAUGAUAAUAUUACUACUGAGAGAGCUGCAUCACUGUGUGACGCUUGUACUUUGAAUCCAAAAGCUUUAUUUAUACUUCCAGUAGUAGACAAUAUCCAUGGCUAUGCUAUAAGGCUGGAAAAUGCGUUCUACGAUCUGGCACAGAAUUAUUACCAACAACAGAUCAGAGCUGUGAAGUCAAAACUAGAAAAUUUAAGCAAAACCAGUCACCAAUAUUUAAUUGUUCGGUAUUCAUUCAAAAUUGGAUUUUAUAAUGAGCUUAGACAAGACCAUCAUAAUGCUCAUAAGCACUAUCAUCAGUGUUAUAUGUCUUUAUUAGAAAUACGCACUUUUGACACAAACAUCUAUGAAGUAAAAGUUGUUGCCGCGUACAUUGUAUAUAAAAUAAGCAGACUAUUGUUUGCAAUGAAGAGGGCUCGAGAUGCAUUAACUCAGUUUAAUUCUCAUGUAAAUGUAUUUAAAUCGAUGAUUGGACCUCCAGAAUUGAUGUUUGAACACUAUGCUUGGUUGUCAAAACAAUUUUCAAUGUUUGCAUCAUUAUUUGAUGAAACAACAUCUGAAAGUUCCACAGCUACUCAGGCAUUAAAUCCAGGAUUUUUUUUUAAAGAAGCUGCAGACUAUGCAAAAAAGAGAAAAACUUGUGCCUAUGAUAUUUGUCAGGAUGCAAAUAUUUAUCCUGCCAGCGAUCCAUUACAUGAAUGGAAUAAUAUAGAAUUUUAUGGUCAAAGGCCAUGGCGAUUGAUUAAAACCCUCAAUAGCUUAGAUUUUAACAUUAUUGAAGCAGAUGGUGUCCAAGCUUUAAAAUUUUAUGAAAACACCAAAGUUGAUCAUUCGAAAGCAAUCAUCAGCUUUUUAGGAAACGCAAUGAAACAGUUCAAACACUACAAAUGUCCAAGGAUGAGAAAUUUGUUAGCUGUACAGAUGGCUGAUGAAUAUUACAACGCAAAGGAUUAUAGCAAAGCUCUUACUUUAUGGAGUCACAUGUUAUGGGAUUACCGAGACGAAGGCUGGGAAGCAAUUGCUCAUGAACUAGUAAACAAAUGUCUAAAAUGCGCAUAUUUAACAGCAAGUGUUCAGAAUUAUGUAGAAUUAAAUCUAGAAGCCCUGAAAUAUUACAAAAAUAUUGAUCUCCAAAAAGCUCUAAAUAAUAUUGGUUCAAUCAUACAAAGACAAAUUCCAGAACCCGAAAAACACUUAAGGAAUAUGAGAAAAAUGUUCGAUGGAAGAGUUGAAAAAAUGUGA